AUGAUUGAUGGGACAUUAUUGUUGCUGAUAAUGAAUCAAUUGAUCUUAGCUUGGAUUCUUUAUGAAUUGUUAAAUCCAACAUCGAUAUGUUGGAAUGAAAUCAUACAAUAUGCUAAUGAAACUUACAUUGCAUUUGAUAAUCAAAUAAUGCAACAAUUUGGAUUAAUCAGUCAACGAUUAAACAACCAAAUGCAUCAGAUGAUAGAAACAUGCAUAGAAAUACGAUUGGAAACAUUGUUGGGCAAAAGUUUGGACAUAAAUAAUAUUAAAACAUUGAAAUUUCCAUUUCGAAAUCAGAUGAUCACAGGCUUAUUCAAAGGAAUACUGGCGCUAUUGACGAAUAGUUGGCAUAUUUGGCUUAUAUGGCAUGCCAGAUUACCUACUACUAUAACACCUAAUAAUGUAGCACUUCCAGUAUUGAAUAUUGGCGCUCUCAGUUCUUUAUUCUGGAUUAUAAUAUCAAUUAUUUAUCAGUGGUCAAAUUUAUGGUAUGAAAAAAGUUUACUUGAACAAGCGCCUACAUUACCAUUUGCUGAAAUACGAUUGCUAUUAUUAAUUUCAACUGCAAUUCUAAUUAAUUGGUUUCUGCUUUAUACGCUCUACCGAGCAUUCAUUGAAAACAAGAAUGGUAUAGCAAGAAUACUUUCAAAAAGUGAUGAAAAAUCAAAAUGA